UGGUUUCCCUCCACCAUGUCCGAAGCUAACACGCAUGUUCCUGCUGCUGUUGAGCCUACACCUGCCCCUACCGCGACAGCCACAGCGGUGGAAGCCACGACAACAGUACCCCCAACGAGCACUACCACAAUAGCGUCGCCGCCUGAACCUGCCCAGGCUGCCGUCCCUUCCCCCACGGAUGCUCCCACGGUCGAAACCGAGAAGAAAGACAAGAAGGUUGAAGAGCCGCAGAAUGCGCUUACUGAGAAGUUCACGGGCUAUGAAUGGAAAGCCUUGACUGAGUUGCGAAAAACAAUCCCAGAUGCACUCGUCAAGGCAUACGAGAAACCCGAGGCUAAGACCACCCCAAUUAUCUUAUGGGGUGUCCAUAUUGACCCAACGAAUCUUGUCGACGCGAAGGUCAGCGUGAUUCUCAUGAAAUUCUUACGAGCCAGGCAAGAAUCUAAACCCAACCGCUGCAAACGAAAUGUCAGUUUUAGGGUUCCCUCAAGCCUGAGUACUGGAAUAACAUUUUCUAGGUUUGUCGAAACCCUUCGCUGGCGCGACGAGUUCAAGGUCGACGAUGCAUGCAAGGAGGAAUUCCCAGAAGAUGUAUUCGGUAAACUGGGGCAUAUAUAUGGGCGAGACAAAGAAGGUCGACCUGUCGUUUAUAACGUUUAUGGCGGUAACUCGGACAUUGAUGCAGUCUUUGGUGAUGUCGACCGCUUCCUCCGUUGGCGCGUCGCCUUUAUGGAGAAGUCUCUAACGCUUCUCGACUUUGCUACGGUCGAUCAAUGCAUUCAGGUUCACGACUACGCUGGUGUAAACAUGUCCAGUCGUACCCCUUCAUCCAAGGCCGCUGCCUCACAAGCAAGUAACAUCUUCAGUAGCCAUUAUCCUGAGCUCUUGUACAAGAAAUUCUUCGUGAACGUGCCAGGCUAUAUGUCAUGGCUCUUCUGGAUCUUCAAAACGAUUCUCCCCGCAGCCACAUUUGCAAAAAUGUCGGUAGUCGGUAGUGGACCCAAGCCCAUUGGAAAAGCACUUCUCCCGUUCAUUGCCCCUGAUCAAUUACCUACGCAGUACGGUGGAACCGCGGAGGCUGAGGUUUUCGAGAAGAAGUAA